CGAUUCUAGAUUAUCUAGCCAUCUACUCCGUCCCCUACGCAGUUCUACGGACUAGAGGAGACAGUCUGCUACCAGCAUCUUGCGCCAUGGAACUCGCAGACAAGCCAAAGUCGUGGAGGUUCCAUAUUUUCGGAAGGAAUACGGUGUUUCCCAUUUUAUUGUACUUGAUAUCUCAGGUUUGUGAGAUGAACGCCGAGGACAGCGGUAUGGAGGAACUUGCAACCGAAAAGGAGGCUGAGGAAAGUCAUAGACAGGACAGCGUGAAUUUACUGACAUUCAUUUUACUCCUGACAUUAACCAUUCUUACCAUCUGGCUUUUCAAACACAGAAGAGUCCGUUUUUUGCACGAGACCGGGUUGGCCAUGAUAUACGGAUUGCUGGUAGGAGUGAUCUUCCGCUACGGCAUAUCCUCCACCAGCUACCACAACAAGACCCCACCGAGCUGCACCCUGAAGACGGGGCCUGUUAGCACGCUGCUGCUCAACGUCAGCGGAAAGUUCUUCGAGUACACGCUCAAGGGUGAAAUCAACUCCCGCGAGAUCCACAACGUGGAGCAGAAUGACAUGCUACGCAAGGUCACUUUCGAUCCAGAGGUGUUCUUCAAUAUUUUGCUACCUCCAAUAAUUUUUCAUGCUGGAUAUAGCCUUAAAAAGAGGCAUUUCUUUAGGAAUCUGGGUUCCAUUUUGACAUAUGCUUUCAUUGGGACAGCAAUUUCCUGUUUUGUUAUCGGCAACCUGAUGUACGGUGUGGUCAAGCUGAUGCAGGCCGUUGGGCAGUUAUCCGGCAAGUUCUACUACACCGACUGCCUCUUCUUCGGAGCGGUCAUCUCCGCCACUGACCCAGUUACAGUGCUAGCUAUCUUCAACGAGCUCCAUGCAGAUGUGGACCUGUACGCCCUGCUGUUUGGGGAAAGCGUCAUGAACGAUGCUGUUGCCAUAGUGCUGUCCUCCUCCAUUGUGGCUUACCAGCCGAGUGGAGCCAACACCCACACCUUUGAUGCCGCUGCCUUCUUCAAAUCGGUGGGCAUCUUCCUGGGAAUCUUCAGUGGGUCCUUUGCUAUGGGUGCAGUCACCGGUGUGGUCACUGCCCUCGUGACCAAGUUCACCAAGCUCCACUGCUUCCCUCUCCUGGAAACAGCCCUCUUCUUCCUCAUGUCCUGGAGCACCUUCCUACUGGCUGAGGCCUGUGGCUUUACUGGUGUGGUGGCCGUGCUGUUCUGUGGGAUCACCCAGGCCCAUUACACCUAUAACAACCUCUCAGAGGAGUCCACCAAACGUACCAAACAGCUCUUUGAAGCGUUGCACUUCCUGGCGGAGAACUUCAUAUUUUCCUACAUGGGCCUGGCUCUCUUCACCUUCCAGAGCCACAUCUUCAGCCCCAUCUUCAUCAUCGGGGCUUUUAUUGCCAUUUUCAUCGGGAGGGCCUGCAACAUCUACCCCCUCUCUUUCAUCCUGAACCUGGGCCGCCGCCACAAGAUAAGCGGAAACUUCCAGCAUAUGAUGAUGUUUGCAGGUCUACGUGGGGCCAUGGCGUUCGCUCUGGCUAUCAGGGACACGGCCACAUACGCCCGGCAGAUGAUGUUCACCACCACACUCCUCAUCGUCUUCUUCACCGUCUGGGUGUUCGGUGGGGGCACCACGCCCAUGCUCUCCUGGCUACACAUCAGAGUUGGGGAGAGCAUGGACUCAGAGGAGGAGCAGCUGAUUAGAAUGUGGCAGUAUGCAAGGGUGGGUGUGGACCCAGACCAGGACCUUCACCCAGGUGGGGACAGCUUCCAGGUUCUCCAAGGAGACGGGACCCAUCCUGAGGGGCACAGUAAGACCAAGCAGGAGAGUGCCUGGAUGUUCAGGCUGUGGUACACUUUCGAUCACAAUUACUUGAAGCCCAUCCUGACACACAGUGGACCCCCCCUCACCACCACCCUGCCCAGCUGCUGUGGGGCCCUGGCGCGCUGUCUGACCAGCCCACAGGCGUAUGAGAGCCACGAGCCGCUGAGGGACACUGACUCUGACCUCAUCCUGAACGACGGUGACCUGACGCUCACCUAUGGCGACACGGCCAUCACAGCCAACGGGGCGUCAGGUGGGCGGGAAUCCCAGGCGGGGCGGCCUAAUGGGCAGCGGCGCUCCAGCACGUCCGAGGAGGCGCUGGAGCGAGACCUGGAGGCGCGGGACCAGGAGCUCAUGAGCCGGGGAACGCGUCUGGUGUUCCCCAUUGAGGACCACGCCUGAACCAUCCUUCCCCACCCCUUUCCCCCCCAAAAAAAACACCCCUUGUCGGCUGCCCCUUCCGUACCGCCCCCAUGCCCCCCAAAUCCUGCCCCCACCCACCCCCUCCUCGAUCAGCGCAAACAAGAUGGCGGAGAUGGAUCGGACACAGGAGCCACAGAGGGGAGCGAGUUCGAGUUGGGCCUCAACAAAGUUACAGCCAACUUGGUCAAGCUGGCCAACCCCCCGUUUGAGCUCUUGUUUUGGAGAAGUGGCGGGGGAGUGAGAAGGAACAACAGGAAUUUAAUGAGCCUCUCCUGUGCCAGAGCAGAGUUGAGCAGGCCUGGUACAUGGGGUGAGAGCCAGGACCAUGUCCAUGUACUGUACUGUGCAAUGCAGGCUUCUCUACCAUUCAUUUAUUUUGUCUUUGUUGUUGUUUUUUGUUCUGUGGCUUGUAUGGAAUGGGAAAUCCCUUGAGGGCGUGCUGAAGUAUCGUCAGGUCUCAAGACCUAGUUCAGUGCACUACUUUCGCUCUUCCUUUGUAUGGAAGUUGAGGUUGAAAGCUGAAAGUGUAUUUGCGGAUGGAAGCCUGGAAAGACUGCUGGUCACUCUGUCGUAAAUGUCAGGCCUCAGGCGUAAUUUUACCCGUCUGUGUCUGUCAGUCAUCAUCCUUGUCUCUCGCACACACUGCUGCUAUUAGACUGAAAGACUGAGCAUUAUUAAAGAACUUAGGGAUGCCUGGCCCCUGCAGUCCUCUGAGCCAUGGUCUCCAUUAGCCAACCAGACCUCUACAGUUAGCAUGAUAAUCAACCAGCCAUUACAUUCCAACCCUGGUUCCCUCCCAAGGGCAUUCUCUAACCAUAAAUAUUACAUGGAACUGACGAGGGACUUUUAUUUUGAAAUUAUUUAUAGAUUCUAACAAAGCAGAAAUUAAAGCCACAUCGAUUGUGGUGAUACAACCCAGUACACAUUAAACUCAUCCACUGUUUACAACUGAAGAACGGAUAGGGAAAGUGUUGUAAUUCCUGUGCAUUGCUGGUGACUAAUGAGUUUGAAGAGAUCAACACAAAACCUUUGGUUUUUUUACUGAAAUAUACUUUCCCAAUUAAUGUCUGCAUUAUGUCUGCUAUAUGGAAAUCUGUUGCUGCGUUCCUUUGGUGUAACAAUUGUCAGAGUCUUUUUUCUUGUUUAAUUGAUUCCUAUAGUAUCCAUUUUUAAUAGGUUCAUUUUCAAGCGAGCAAUCUGAACAUUAGUGUGUGUUAGCAGUUGAACAAGUGGAGCAGUGCCACUUCUCCUUGCCAGUCUUACCCUUGUCUUUUGAGGUCACAUUACAUUGUAGAAGAUGAGGUAUGUGCAUUAACACCCCUCCUCCUGCUCUGUCACUCCCAUCCGAAGAGAGUACCUGUGUUCUCAAGUAGCACUGGGUUAUCUGAAACCAUCAGGUUAAGACUGCAAACUACAUCUUAACUUGGCAAUGCUUAGCUCUUUCCUUUUAUAUAUUGACUGGCCCAUAGGUUAUUGCGUUCAAUAGUUUGGCCGCUCUUCUUGGGUAUUAUCUUUGGAUCUUUUUUUUAUUAUUCCCACCACCCAUGACAGCCCACUACCCAUAGCUUUAAAAUGUGCAGUCAAACAUUUCCACCAUAUACUUUUUCCUCUACAUUUCUAGACCUGCAUAUAGUACUGUUUAAAACAACAAUAAUUUAGGCUUUAUCGUUAGCAGUUUACAACUGGACCAGCUGUAUAUCUGGUCUCCCUCAUGAACCAUGGGUCCACGAACGCGGUUUACUCUGAUUUGCUUUCAAACAUAGCUUCUUUUGUCUUCUGGCUGUUCCAGCAGAGACGCAGUUUUCUCUCGCAGCUGUGUUGGUCUACAGCUCGAUGAUGAAUCUUGAGCAGCUGUUCCCCACAGGAGACAACAUCCUAAGCGCUUGAGCUGCUGACACUUUGACAUAUCCUGGGGGGGGG